CGGGAAGUAUUUUCGGAUACUCGUUUGGCGCCAUCAAAACCCUAAGACUUAACUCAUCAGUUCGUAAAAAGAUCCGAAAAAUUCUUCCAGAAUUACCCUACAAGCUUCACCCCAGAUCCCAUUCGAUACCAAUUAUACUUGAAUCGAGAGGAAAAAUUAAUUCAAGCAAUUCAUAAUCAAUGGAAGGGUUGUCAAUAAUAUGCGCUGGCCUUGGGAUCAUUGAGGAGGACGAUGAUGGAAAUCGAAUCGGCUAUACCAAAGGAAAUUACUGCCUAGACAAUCUGAAGGAUUUGUUGAGGUUUCUAAGGCGAGAUGACCCUCAAACAAGAGAAGUUUUUAAGCAAGUAUGUAAAUGGAAUAUCGUGGGCAAAGAUUUGAUUCCCAUUAUUGAAUAUUGUCAAGAUGACCGAAAUCUGCUGUUAAAUGCAGUAAAAGUUAUGGUGUUUCUAACGAUGCCUAUUGAGCCUACAUCACAUGACAUACCGCAACAGAUAGAGCUUCUAUGGGGAAUAAAAUCAUCAAUCACCUUUAGUGAAGCUGUGCCAGUGAUAAUGUCUCUCUUGGAAAACCCAUUGGAAAAUUUGGCUUGCGAGGCCUUCACGGAAGAUGACUGGAAAAUGGUGCAGCUGGUGCUUACUUUAUUUCGUAAUGUUUUGGCUAUCCAAGACAUAUCAACCCAGCAAAAAUCUGGUGGUUCUAUGAUAGAAUUUGUAUUUCUCAGAGACAGGUUUCUGGAGCUCUUGUUUCAAGAGAAUGUAAUGGAAGUCAUCUUAGUUCUUUCACAACAAGUUGGUGGCUCUUGUAGCUAUCUUUGUCAUGAUAAUUUGCUUUUGUUGGAGACGUUCUAUCAUAUAUUUAUGGGUCAGCUUCCGGAGUUGAUUGCUAAAGCACAUUUCAAGGAUCCAAAGGUGGAUGAAGAUAGUGAUAUUUCAAUUAACUCCCUCAGAGAUAUAAUGGAGGAAGAACGUCAAAAGAGAAAGGUUAUCAGACAACGAAACCUGGGUUGCUAUACUCAGUUCAGCGGAACUUUUACACGGUUUUCCAUGGAUGGUUCUAAAACUUUAAUCAAGGGCAAUCCUUGUUCUGUUUCUCAUGAUCCCCUGAUAAUAGCUCACACGAAGCACAGAGGUCCAGCAAAAAGGACUGUGUGGGACCAAGGAAGAGUACCAGCAACUAACAAUAAGAUUCUAAAUUUGCUUUAUGAUUUUAUUAACCAGUUCCUAGGAGGGGGAUACAACGUCCUGAUGCAGUCCGUUCGUGAUGACAUUGAAAAGGAACAUCAUGCUAUUCAGAAUAGCGAUAUUGUUAUUUUCUUUCAGGUUGCUCAGUUUGUUACUUCUUUUCAGUACAACAAGUUUUUGAAUCAGCCCCAUGAAGAAGUUGAUGCCCAAGAACCGAUGGAUUCCAGAGCUGGCAGCACACUGUUCAGAGGAUGUAUAUGUGGUCCUAUUGCCGAGUCCUUAAAUAUAUCAAUGUUCCAGUUGGUUCUUUUGAGAUGGCGCUAUUCGGUCGAGACCUUGAAGGAGACAAACGACUGCAAGUUUCUCUAUGUGGCAGGAUCUCUUAUGAAAACUAUGCUUCUUAUGCUGGAAUUGGUGCUUAAGCAGUCUCCAGAAGAUUCCAAGGAGCAUCGAACAUCCCGAAUUCUUCUUUACAAGUUAUUCUAUGAUCAAACUGAAGAAGGGAUGACCCAGUUUCUCUUGAACCAGAUCAGAUCAUUUGAUACCCAUAAGCAAGCAAAAAGUUACCUUGCUGAUUUGGUAGAAAUUAUCAAUACAGUUAUAAUGCUGAUGGAGAACCUUCAAGCACGUGGGUCAUUAAGGAUUUCGAAAAAAUUGAGGAAGAAACGACAGAAGACUGUAGUUACAGAUGACAAGAAGGAAAAUGAUGAUGAAAUGAUUAGAGAUACUAGAUUAGCUCACAAUGGAGAAGAUGCCAUAGACUCCAAUAAGGUUGAUGAGCACACAGGAUGUACCACGGUGAAUGAAGAUCAAAUGGUGGUUGAGAGUAUUGAUACCACUCACAAUAAUGCUGCAGGCUCUGGAAGUGGAAAGUCAAAUAAUCUUCAUGUAGUUGGAACUGGAGAAGAAGAUGUAACAAUCCUAAAUCAGGUUAAUCAACCUGUUUCUCUAGAAGCUAAGUCAGGAACACACCAGAACACUCUGCCAGAGGCACAACAAAAACUUUCUGAUGAUGUUAAUGAUGAGUAUGAUCAUGGCGGGGAUUAUUCUUCUGCUGAUGAAAAUGUGUUAACUAGAGAAGAUGAUCUCAAAAUAUCUGCUUUGGUCUCUACUCUUGCAAACAAUUCCACCAUUCACAAUCUUUGUUGGUUGCUAAAGUACUACAAAAGCAACUCCAUUAUUUCAAAUAAUUCUGUGAUACACAUAUUACAGAAAGUAUGUGAUGAUCUCGAACUUUCUCCCAUGCUAUACCAGCUCUCUCUCCUCACCACAUUCUAUGACAUUCUGGAGGAGCAGAAGUCAAGGCCUUGCAGAGAAUAUGAGAACAUUGUCUUCUUUUUGACAAACGUAGUUAGGAGAAUGCUGCGCAAAAUGAAGAGUAAUCCCCUACUUUUCAUAGAGGUUCUCUUUUGGAAGUCACGUCGAGAGUGUCAUUAUCUCACUUGUGAUUCCAUGCUAAAGGAGCUAUCUCAAUUUAAGAAAGAUGGUAAAAAUAGUUCUGGUGUUAAAAUGACUGGUGAAAUUGGCUCAUCUGAAGCAAAUGGAUGGACCCGCCGAAGUCUCGCUGAUGCCCUUGGUGAUGAUGAAGCUGAUUUUCCAUUACAUUUUUCUGAUGCUGCCAGAAACGAGGCAGAGGUCACAAAUAGGAGUAACCAAAGUUUGGGAGAGGGAGCGGAAAGCCCGGUAUCAAUUUCAAAUGAUGAAAAAUAUGCAAUGAAUGAGAAACAACAUUCGGAAAAACAGAAGCAGUCGUUCGAACAAGAGUCUCAGAGGAAACCUAAAAGACGAAAAUUACAAGCUCUUAAUGAUGAGUCACGACAGAAAGCCGAGCAACUAUUUGAGAGGUAUAAAGAUAGUCAAAAUUGUUGUGAUUUCAUUGCGGAAGCCCUUGAUCCAGAUGGAAAGAUUUCACCUCUCCAAGUUACCAGGGCACUUAAACAGUUGGGAUACAAAAUCCCACGGAAGAAAAAGAUAUUAAAUGCUAGUGCUCCCAACAAACCUGGGAAUGAAGAAAAGGUUCUAGAAAGUGAGAUCAGACUUCAAAAUUCAGAUAUACGAGAAGAGGGUACUUCACAGAGAAGGCAUCUGCACACUAGAAAGAGAGUGCAGGCAUUUAGUCAAGAGCAGGAGCAGAAGAUCAAAGAUUUGUUCAAGCAGUUUAAAGAUCACAAGAAGUGCAGCCACAUGAUUGCCAAUGCACUUGAUUCUGAGGGCACUUUAUCUGCAGCUAAGAUUUCACGAAAACUUAAGCAACUUGGCCUGUAUGUCCCAAAAAAGAGAAACUUAGAAACCAACUUGCAAUUGAUGGAUGAAGCAAGUGAUGCUUCUAUUGAAGGUUCAGACAACUCUGAUGAUGAGACUUUGUUAUCAAUGAGAAGGAGCAAACAUCAGGGGAAAGGAAACACUUCUGAAGGAAGAGAGAACCAGAAAACAAGGAAGAAAUCAUCAAAAGAUGCGUCUGAUGAUGAAUUGCUGACUUCACUGUUGGUAAAAACUAAAAAAGCUGUUCCACAGAGCGAGGAUGGGAAGCUAAAUAUAAACUCAGUGAGGAUCAGCAGCGAAAGUGACAUUGAAGACAAAGAUGCUUAUGACUCAGAGAGGGGAGAGCUUGAUCAAGCUACUGCAAUGGAGGUUACAGAAUUUAAUAAUACUGCCUCAGAUGUUGAGGCUGGUAACCUCGGAACUGACCUUAGCAGUGAGCAAGAUGUUCCUCCUGGCAAUCAGGGUGAUCAGCAAUUACAGGACAAAUUCCAUUCUGAAUUGUCUGAUUUUGAGGAUGAUGAUGCUUCACUUGAAGCCCCUAUUACUACUGUAUCGAGAAGGCGGCUGAGGAUGGUUAUUGAUGUGGAGGAAGAUGACUAAAUCAAGGGGAAGGCUAUAACUGCUGAAGCACUAGCAAUACGAGAAGCUGUAGAAAGAGCACUAUAAAAGGGUUGGUCAAAGGUUCACAUUCUAUCAGAUGUAAAAAAUGUGGUACAAAUGUUGCAAAAGAAUGUGAUGAUAUCGUGGGAAAUAGAGACCAUUUGCGAGGAUGUCUGGUGAUUGAUGAAAUCUUUUGAAGAAAUCAAGAUUAUACAUAUUCCUCGAACAUGGAAUAUGUUAGCUCAUAA